UCUUAAAACACCCAUAAUUCAUCACAGCAAACUAAGGCUAAGCCAUGUAGCUUUCUCUUGGAAGUCGCGCUUUGGAUAAAAGCGUUUGCUUAAAGAAUAAAUGUAAAUGUAAUGUCGCCUAUUGAGAAAUGCUGGUUCUAAAGAAAUUUGAUAUAGACUAUUUUAGCGAAAGGUGCCCGAAUGGAGGAGCGACAACAUGGAUCUGCAGAUUCUCCAGCAGAUUGUAUGAUGUGACAACCUAUUUAUUAUUCUCAUGGAAUAGCCUAGCUAAUUACACAUAGGCCUAUAGCCUAUAACUAGACGACCGAAAUUGGCUAGAGGAGCGACGGAAAGGAACAAAGAGAGAAGAGGAUAGAGACCAAAUACCCCCCCCUCACCGUUUGGGAUAAAGCAAAAGACUCCGCCUUCAGUUUUGCCGCUACCUCUGAUUGGAUCGAGACUGAACUGGCUUUUUGACCAAUGACUGCCAGUUACCAUGAAGUAUAAAAACUGGGCUCUGACAGUUGCCAUUUACUGCAUCCUAAAAACGUCAACAAAAUGAGCGGAAGAGGAAAAACCGGAGGCAAAGCCAGAGCAAAGGCAAAGACCAGGUCAUCCCGCGCCGGACUUCAGUUUCCCGUGGGUCGUGUUCACAGACUUCUCCGUAAAGGAAACUACGCUCAGCGUGUGGGAGCUGGUGCGCCCGUCUACUUGGCCGCUGUGCUCGAGUAUCUGACUGCUGAGAUCCUUGAGUUGGCUGGCAACGCUGCCCGCGACAACAAGAAGACUCGCAUCAUUCCUCGCCACCUGCAGCUGGCUGUCCGCAACGACGAAGAGCUGAACAAACUCCUCGGUGGUGUCACCAUCGCUCAGGGCGGUGUGUUGCCCAACAUCCAGGCAGUACUUCUUCCCAAGAAGACCGAGAAGGCAGUCAAGUCCAAGUAACGUCCCCAUUUGGUGUGAUUUCUCACCCUCCCCUAAGGCUCUUUUAAGAGCCACCCAAUCAACUCAAGAAAAGUGCAUUGACCUUUGAACCAUGAUCAUUAAGGGAACAAAUGAUAUCACUAGUGAGCCAUAUUCACAGAUGUAGCGGGCCAAACCGACCUGGAUUUUGUUCUUAUACUUAAGAGUGAGACAACUUUGUAUAGGG